UCAGUUCAGAUCGUAGUUCAGAUAUAUACUCUUCUAUUUUUCGCUUAUAAGAGAGACAAAGUAUCAACAACACUGAAUGUAAAAAGAAACUAGACUGACAUGUGUACGCAUGUGCAAUCAGAUUUGUCAAAUAUAAAAUAAACAAAAACGUUCAAAAAUUCGACCGCUUUUUGUAUUAUUAUUGUGAGAGGAGAUAAAAAGUAAAUUGUGAUAUUUCUAGGCAUUCCAAGGCAUUCGUUGCUCAGAGAAAAUACAACGAUACAGCUACAUAAAGCCAUGAAUCUGCUUUCAACGGGCUUUAGAUUCUUUGGUUCAGAAAAUUCUGAAUCAGAGACUUUAAGAAAACCUAAUGUCUCAACAACGGUAUUUCGUCAACCGUUUUCCGACAAAACUAUUAACUGCAAUUCACCAAAUCUUGGCGAGAACAAAAAGGCAAUCAAUGAGGGUCUGCUUCAAACUGCAGGCUUGGUCAAAGCAAAUUUGGAUAUCGCAGACGAAGAAGUAUUUUCACGUGCUCAGAUGAAAGAUUCAUACGAUGAUAUUCUCCCAUUGUCCAAAAGGUUGGAAGGAGUCCACUUGCAGAAGAUUAUCCAGAAGUUUUUAGCCCAGGAAGAUAAGCUAGUCGAUCAAGAUCAAAAUGAGCCAAUUUCUGAUCAGGAAAAAUUUGAUGAUGAUGAUCAUAACGAAUCAGAGUAUGAAUAUGUCGAUUUCGAAGAUGAAGUCUCAGAAAGCUGGGAAAAUCUGGAGGUCCAUAUGAAAGGAGGAAUGCAUGAAGAAGAGGAAAAACCAGAAGGCUAAAAGUAAAAAUAUUAAUUAUUUUAGUUCAGAUAUACUUAAUAGGCUAUACAUAUACACUAUAUGACUGUUUUACAUGUUUCAUGUUAUUUUAAAGUUUUAGGUUUAGCUAUUGUAAUUUUAUAGCAUGUAAAUGACAUUUAUUUUUUUACUAAAUGUAAAUUGUUUUCAAAAUUAUAUUUAAUUGAAAUUAAAACAAAAAUUUCUAGUUUUCUAUGUAUUUUAUAACUAUAUUACAUGAUAAAUAAAGCAUUUGAAAUAAUA